AGUCUCACUAACUGCACAUCGCUAUAAGUGUAUUUGUUUGUCUGUACAUCCAUCAGUGAUUGGUGUUCAAAUCGCGUUCUACUCUUACGAAAUACAUAUAUACAUACAUAUAUCUGCCGCUCCCCCCUAAAGAAACAAUGGCUUAUCAGCAGUCACAGCAGAUGAAGAAGGAAUUUCGGCUCCCCAUGGUGCCCGGCAUGUCCUGCGGUGAGGAGAUGAUGCGUCGCAACUACCAUCGCCGUCAAAUUCACGGCGCCCUCGCAGACUGCGCGACGUACGUCGAUGGCGUGCCCGCCGACCGCACCCUCGGCGAAAACAACAACAGUAGCAUGCAAGGCACAGCAGCGAUGGCCAGCUACGUAAACACGGCAUCUUCCACCGGUGCAGCCCAGGGUUCUGGGGUGGACCUGACUGGCCGCGUACUGCGCUACUUCGGCUACGCGACGGAGCCCGUCACGGAGAGCGCGCUGGAGACGGAGCGGGUGCGCAAGGUUGUGUUGAACUUCUACCUGGAGGACGGCACGAUGAGCGUGACGGAACCGAAGCAGGACAACUCCGGCUUCGCUUUCCCCGAGAACCUGAAGCGGCACAUUGUGCCCAACCCCGACGGCACCCCCAUCACCGCGGCGCAGCUGAAGGUGGGCGAGUCCAUCACCUUCUACGGCCGCACCUAUGUCCUGUACGACGCCGACGCCUUCACGCGCAAUUUUCUGCAGGAGGCCGGCGAGGAGGUGCCGGACGCGCUGCCGGUGCCGAGCGACGCGUAUGCGACGAUGCGCUCCCGGCCUGUGGCGAAGGCGCACGACGUCCCCUCCAUCGCCGCCUCCAGCCCUCUCAACACGACCCUGUCCGCGGCCCAGGUGCGGGCGACGCAGCAGUUUCUGGAGAACGACCGCAAGGUGCUCCGCUGCGACUGCACGUGGGACGACACGGCGAGUCUCUACGGCACGAAGCACUUCCUGACCCUCUACUACUUCCUCAGUGAUGGGAGCAUCGCCCUGGUGGAGAAGGACGUGCAGAACAGCGGCCGUGAUCCCUUUCCGACCUUCUUCAGCCGUCAGCGCAUCGCCAAGCCGACGGACCCAUCCGGUCGCUUCGACUCGUCCACCCUCGGCUCCGUCACCUUCAAGGAGAACACGAACACGGUGUACUACAACGACGAGGAUAUUCGGAUAGGCAAUGUGCUGAGCCUCUACGGUCGUGCAGUGAAGAUUCACGACUACAACCAGUUUACGAAGGACUACCUGGCCGAAAAGUUCGGCUUGACGGACUACACGCCGCUGCCGGGCUGUGUGCCGCCGCCGUUUAUGCCGCCCAGCUCCACCCGACGUGAGAUCUCCGAGGAGGAGAAGUUGGCCCAGCACGCCGAGAAGCGGGAGGAGCUGCGCCGCCACCGCUUUGCCAACUCCGUCGUGAAGUUCUUCGCGCGCCUCGACAACGGCAAGCCGGACGACGAGGUACGUCGCUUUGUUCUCACCGUCUACCCGGCGGACAACACGAUAGCAAUCUUCGAGCCGGUGAUCCGCAACAGCGGCAUCGUGGGCGGCAAGUUUCUGCAGCGUCAGAAGGUGCGCCGGGCGGAUGGCAAGAACUUCCAGGCGGACGACUUCUACGUCGGCGCCCGCGUCGUCUUGAACGCGCAUCCCUUCGUGAUCCUCAACUCCGAUGCUCACUCGCUGAACUACAUGGAGCACAACCCGGAGGAGUUCAGCCACUCGGACAUCAACAAGGUGGUGCGCAAACUGCAGGCGAUGCUGCGCAGUCGCACGACUGGGUUGGCCGAAGCUUUCCGCCUCGCCGAUCAGGACCGCCAAGGCGGCCUUGACAUGGCAGUCUUUCUCUCCAUUAUGUCUCGCCUGAAGCUGGACGUGACGGAGCAGGAGAUUUUGACGGUGCUGCGCUAUUUCGACAAAAACAACGAGUCGUACGUGAGUUACGAGGAGGUGGCCGGGCGCAUCUUGCCCGAGGGCGACGCGGUGGCCAGCGAUGACCGCACGUGGGAAGCGAUCUACCAGGAGAGCGCCGAUCACGAGACGCAGAGUUUCGUGAUUGACCCGAAGGAGGCGGAAGAGAAGGCGCGGCAGGCGCGCGAGAGUGCGUCGGCCGCCCGCGGCGCGGUGCAGUUUCUUCAGCUCUACGACGAGCGCCGUCAGCUCUUCAUGAAGGAGUUCCACGCCAUUACCGACUACGCCCGGGACAGCCUCAUCGGUGCGGACGAGUUCCGGCUGUGUGUGCGGCAGAAACUGGCGGUGACCUCCAUCCCAGACGAGGAGCUGGCGGCCCUCACCAUCAAGCUGUUCCCCAAGGUCGCACCGCGUGUGACCUAUGAGGAGUUCAUGCGCCUUGUCAAUGGCACCUCUACCUACCCGCACUGCCUUGCAGCCAUCGCAGCGAAUCAACCCGCAAAGAAAUAA